UCUACCUCUUCUGCUCACAACCGUGUUUUGGAAAGUGACGCAAACACUUUCGUUAUGUUAAAUAUGUAUCCAUCCAUCAUACGCGUGUGUUACCCUAUGAGUUUCUCCUAUAGGACUAGGUAGGACUUCAUCCCCGUCGUUCCUCAUUCGCAUAACAACACAACAUCUUUUUUAUGUUUUCAUCAUUUCUUCCUCGUCUGGGUUAUGCUAUCUUGUUUGUUCUGCUGAUUCUGACAUCUCACGACUUCGUUUGGGAUUAAUGGCAAGAAAAGGGUAGGUAUGCAUGAAACCGUAACUCCUUUUUGCGCUUUUGAGCUUUAUGUUGCAAUUUUGUUUCUAUGUCGCAUGUGAGUUCUUGUUUCGUUCAUUUUUUCUCGAAAAAGAAAGCAAACAUGGGAAUGUAAGGUUGCAUCAACUCCGAGGAUGAAGAAUAACGAGUAUAUCAAGAAAAAGGGGGUUUGUGUUUUGGCUGAGAAAUCUUCAGCGGGCGUUACCAUUUUCUUUCCCCCUUCAAUUUGGCUAUUUUGAUUGUUUUUUUAUAAAAUCUAUGUACUAUAUCCCUUAUGAGUUCUGUGGUGAUUAACUCAUAUCAACUCUCUCUGUCUACAAAUGGUUAGUACGAGAAUAAAGUAGGAUAUAUAACUUAGUCUACAGUUCAGUCUUAAAUGUUACGAUACCGACCAUUUUUUUUUUUUUUACCUUUGCUGAUGUUUCUUUGAUGUAUGUUCAUUGUGGAUGACAUUGUUGAUGGGGACUGAUUAUUUAAGUGCCUAAUUGAAUGCUUAAUUGCAGAUGUUUCAGUGGGACAAAGUGACAAACAAGUAUGAUACAUUCUCUAUAAAACAGUGAAAUUGAAGGGGACUGGACCAUGUAAGUAUUCUGCAAAAAACUAUUAGAAUUGUUGAGUGUUUUAGAAUAUAAACAAAUUCAGUCUGUUGAUGAAAUUUAUGUGACAGAAAACAAGGAUUAAGUCAUGUAUAGAUCAUUUCUGAGAUGUGAUGAUCCAAAAGGAGUUGUAGGAUGUGGGACAAUCAGGAAAUACAGAACUCGUUCUCACAAAGUGAAGGACAAGACAAAAAUGCAAGAGACAAGUGAAAUAAUGGAAACAUCCUUGAUCAACAAAAGAUACAAAGAGGAGAAGAAGGUCGCCGAAGAAUGUGAUGGAAAUCUAGUUGGUCCAUCAUCUUUGCAGCUCACACAGGUCUUCGGAAAGGAUCAUAUGCUAGAUUCAUGGUCUAGAGAUAUUAUAUGUGAAGGAAAGUCCGAAGAUAUUGCAAAAGGUAUUUUAAAAGGGACUAUUGGUCUGCAAGAUUCUCUAAGCAUGCUUCGCAAGUUGCAAGAGGAUGCCGCACAACAUACACCUUCUUUUGGGAGAAAACAGACUGAGAAACCAGAAAGAGACAGAAUUGAUGGAAACAAGAUUGGUAGAAGAGAGGCUAAUCCAUUAGGGGAACAAAGUAAUACAAAGGGGUUUCAAAGACCACAGCUUUCUGCCGGUGGUUCUUCAAGUAACUGCAAAGAGGAACUUAAGAAGGUGAUUAAGGAGAGUUUGGUUAGGCAAAAUAUGUUUCCAAAGACCUCUGAAGGAUUUCAUUCAGGUUCAGAAACUUUUCAUAUAAGCACAAGCCAAUGUUCUGGGGUCAAGACUGACACCCUUUCUGAUCCUUCUUUAUCAGUAAUAGCUUCAAAGAUUGAAAGAGGACCUAGCCUAGUUUUCAAGCUGAUGGGUUUAGAAGAAGGUCCCUCAAAAUCAUUUCCAGCUGCUAAGCAAAAACUGUUGGGUGGUGAGAUAGAUAUGUCAAAGGUCAGAAACAAUGAUUCUACAGCUGAGAAGGUUAAUCCAGAACUAAAACCCGUGAGGGAAACUCUUGACACAAUGCAUUUCAAAGGUAUUUCUAAGGAGAAUUUUGUCAAACAUGUUCAUCAUCAUUUCAAUGACACCAGUUCCAAGCAGUUUGUUGAUUUAUCUCACAUUUCACUUACGGAACCUCAAUGUACAAUAUACCAGCAAUCAGAAAAAAGAGCCUAUGUUCCAGUUCUUCCAAAAGAGUUGACAAAACUGAGAAGAGAAAUACUCUCUUCCAAAACUAUCAAACAUAGAAAAGGUUCCAGUUCCACCAACAUGGGAAAAGAAAUGGAAAAGGGUAUGAGGAAACGGCUUAAGAAAGAGGAAGGACCUAAUUUUCUCAAAGAGGAUGCAAAAGGAAGCAUUCCUGUUGAAGAAUAUGCGGGUAAGGUAAAACUAUACUGUCACAUUGGUCACACAUCACAUGUAAAUGAGACAAUUGAUAGAAAAUGGAAGGUACGGCCCAUUAGUAGAAAACAGACAGAAAAGGAUAUCUCACAACCUACAAUUGUGGCAGAACAUCAGUACAAACGAGAAAUCCCCUCCACAAAAUUGAGCAAGCUGAAAAGUGGAUCCAGAAUCGACAAGAAUGAGAUUUCCUGCCUAAAGAGCAGAGGUUCAGACAACAAAAAAACUACGAAUUCCAAGGAUGUUAAUGUUGACAAUAAAAAGGUUAAUUCCGUGAUAGAUUCCUUAACAGGUAGAAAGAAUCAGAUGAAAGAACAAAGCACUGUUGCAGAGCCAGAACCAGCUAAACUAACUGUUGAACAAAUCAGGCAGAGAGAAAAGAAGAAAAAUUACCCCGAGAUUAGAAUCUCCACUAGACUAGAAGAUGAGCUCUCGAUGGUGUGUGAAGCAGAUGCCUUCACAAAUAAGAUUGGAGAAAAAUGCAAGCUGAGGAAGAGUUCUUCGGGGGAUGAUCUCAUUACGCUGCUCAAAUCUGAACAUAAAAAUGAUGGUAUCAAUGCUUAUAGCAUCGACGCUGACAGAGAAGGGACAGAGCUGAAACAUUUUCUUCUAACGAGUCCAUCAUUCAUAGGACACGCAAAGAAGCUCUUCAAUCUUGAUGUGGAUCGUCCCAACACCCUAAAAAAAGAUGAAACUGUUUGCAGCAUGGCCAACAUGAGGCUUUACUUGGAUUGCGCUUACGAACUGACCGAACGUAAAAGUCUUGAAAACUCAAGAUUACGCAUCUCCUUAUGCAGGUUGGUGGAAGAAAUCUGUGAUGGCAUUGAGAAUCUGAAAUUUUACAGAGAAGAUUAUGAUCGUGGAGAGGAAGAUUUUUCGUACAAUAAUGACACAUUUGCAAUGAUGGAAAAAGACAUGAAGUGCAACGGAGAGAUAAAUGGAACGUGGGAAAGUGGUUGGAGAACAGGCUUUUGUGCAGAUGAGGCUCAACUGGUUGUCAAUAAAAUAGAGAACCUGAUUAUAACUGGAUUAAUUGAGGACCUUGUAAUCAAUUUAUUAGCUUAAUUUCAUUUUUACUCAAAUACUUCGGAAAAAAUAUUGUAUAAUUUUAAU